UACCGUCUUUGUUCGGCGUGUUCCGCACCCCUUCCGCCCAAUAGUAGUCCGACAUGCUUCCUGUCUCCACUGUCAGUGAUGCGGAAGAUCAAUGAAGAAAAACAAUAAAACUGCGAAAUAUUAGCGAAAGAGAGUCAAGAAAACCUGGCUGGACGACUGAGUGAGAGUAGGGGGGUUGAGAGAUGCCACCUAUAGCCAGCUCACAAGAUAGCUAACGUUAAUGUUAACAAUACGUCAGCCGGCUGUAUUAACUUCCACGGAAAAUGGAGCCAAGAAGCAAUUCACAAUAACCAGCUAUCUUGAUAGUUUAUGCUGAUCAGGUGAACUUAGUGCUGUGAGUCUGGCCAGGACAAAACUAUCAAAAAUUAAACAGCUUGCUAGCUAACAAUUUGUGUAACCUGUGAUAAGUGUAAUUUAAAACGUUUAGUAACGUACAUCAGUUCUGAACUAAGCAAGACAAAUUAACCCGCUAUCAUUCGGCAGUAGUGUAGUGCAGGUAAAGCUAACGCAACGUUAGCCAUCAGUUAAGAGUCCUGGCUAGCUAGCUAGUGCCAGCCUUCUAGCUAGUUUUGCUGGACAGUGUAUAGCUAGGUAACUACUACACAUAAAAGAAGAAAGGACAACGCAAUGGAGAACAAGGACAAAGUACAGCUGAGGAAUAACCCACGCAGACAGCUGAAGAAGCUGAGUGAGGACAGUUUGACCAAGCAACCCGAGGAGGUGUUCGAUGUGCUGGAGAAGCUGGGUGAAGGGUCUUAUGGCAGUGUUUUUAAGGCUAACUUUAAGGAGACAGGAGAGAUUGUGGCUAUUAAACAAGUUCCUGUGGAAUCGGACCUACAGGAAAUCAUUAAAGAGAUCUCCAUCAUGCAGCAGUGCAACAGUCCGCACGUGGUAAGGUACUACGGAAGUUAUUUCAAGGACAGCGAUUUGUGGAUCGUGAUGGAGUACUGCGGUGCCGGCUCCAUCUCGGACAUCAUCCGCCUGCGGAACAAAACGUUAACAGAGGAGGAGAUCGCCAUGGUGGUGCAGUCGACUCUGAAGGGGCUGGAGUACCUCCAUUUCAUGAGGAAGAUCCACAGGGACAUCAAGGCCGGGAACAUCCUCCUGAACGCCGAGGGUCAGGUCAAGCUGGCCGACUUUGGAGUGGCGGGACAGCUGACGGACACGAUGGCGAAGCGAAACACCGUCAUAGGAACGCCCUUCUGGAUGGCCCCGGAGGUGAUCCAGGAGAUCGGGUACAACUGCGUGGCGGACAUCUGGUCCCUGGGCAUCACCGCCAUCGAGAUGGCGGAGGGCAAACCCCCAUACGCAGACAUCCAUCCCAUGAGGGCCAUAUUCAUGAUCCCCACCAACCCUCCGCCCACGUUCCGAAACCCGGAACAGUGGUCUCAGCUGUUCCGAGAUUUUGUGUCCCAGUGCCUGGUGAAGAACCCUGAGAACCGCGCCACGGCCACGCAGCUGCUGCAGCACCCCUUCAUCAAAAAUGCCAAGUCCAACAGCAUCCUGAAAGCGCUGAUCACGGAUGCCAUGGAGAUCAAGCUGAAGAAACUGGAAGCCCAGCUGAGAGAGCAGGACCAGGAGGAUGAGGAGAACUCGGAGGACGAUGAGGUGGACCAGGGGACGAUGGUUCGAGCGGGGCCCUCUGACUCCGGGACCAUACGGGCAGCAGGGUCCUUGGGGGAGCCGGCCCGCACCCUGAUCGAACACGACGGGACCAUGGUGUCACAGCUGGGGACCAUGGUGAUUAACUCGGACGAUGAAGACGAUGCCGGCACCAUGAAACGGAGGGAGGAGACCAUGCAGCCGGCCAAGCCCUCCUUCCUGGAGUACUUUGAGCAGAAGGAGAAGGAGGCCAACCACAACAGCGGGGCGGGCGACGCCGACCACAUCGUGGACACCCGCAAGCUGCCGACGGAGAGCGACAUGGACACGAUGCGGACCUGGAGCGUGGAGGAGCUGCGGGUGAAGCUGGCCUCACUGGACCCUCAGAUGGAGCAGGAAAUCGAAGAGAUACGUCAGCGCUACCAAGCCAAGCGCCAGCCCAUCAUGGACGCCAUCGAGGCCAAGAAGAGGCGGCAGCAGAACUUCUGAGCAGCAGGGCCUGCUCGGUGUGGCCGGGUUCCCACACCGUUUCAUACGGGAACUCACUCUGUCACAAAGCUGGACUUUCAAAUGCAAUUCUUUUCUCAUCGUGUUAUCAUACUUGACAAAAGGCCUGGGAGUGAAAACUGCCAAACAGGCGUUAUUUUCAUUAAUUUAUUAAGUCUUUUCCAGGGUGGAGAUACUGGGACUUUUUUUCCAGUCAUUUUUUUUGUUUUUGUUUUACCAUCCUGGUAUUUGGUCAUUUCUCCCAUAAACUGGAGUGCUAAAGAGAUAGGGUACUGAGGAACAGGGCUAUGGCGCUAGGCUAACAGGUCUGUAGUGCUGGUGCUGAGUAAUUAGACUGUGGUACUGCAUAACCUGGGUUACACUGGCAGUGUUGCAAACUGGGCAACUAAAAUCACACUGUAGAAAUCACAAAUGCACUGUUCCUAUUUAAGUGAAAUGAUUUUGAGUGCAUCGGUGUAUAUUUUUUGUUAAAGAGUUUUCUACUCUUUCGAUGUGUUUUUGGUACAUGCUGGCAGUCUUUGGAAUCCGGUGCACUGUAACACCCCCACGAGACAUUUACCGUGCGUGAGGGCUUGUGCUGUAUUUAGGGGUCCCGCGAUGUCGAACGAGCGAACAAGCAAACAGGAAAAAAGGGCGGUUGUGGAAUGUAGCCGUUGUCCGCGCUGCGGCUAUGGGCUGCCCUGAGCAGAAUGUAGCCGUUGUCCGCGCUGCGGCUAUGGGCUGACCUGAGCAGAAUGUAGCCGUCGUCCGCGCUGCGGCUACGGGCUGACCUGAGCAGAAUGUAGCCGUCGUCCGCGCUGCGGCUACGGGCUGACCUGAGCAGAAUGUAGCCGUCGUCCGCGCUGCGGCUACGGGCUGACCUGAGCAGUAGUUAGCAGGGUGUCCGUUUGAGCGAGCAGACACCGGGCUGCAUGGCGGGGCGAGGCUGGAGCUAUGGGAGGCUCACCUGAUCCGAUUUGCUGAUGGAUGGGGCGGGUGGGGGGUGGGGGCUAACUCGAUAAGGGAUGGGAGAUAAUGCACAUCGGACACUGAGAGCAGGCCUCAGCGGGGAAAUGCUUAAAGGAGUCUCUCUUUUUUUCUUUUUUUAACUGCCUUGCACUUUUUGUGUGAUCUGCUGUAUUUUCUAUUUGGAUUUUGUCGUUUAGCCUAUUUUUUUACGCUGUAGCUUUUUAUCAGGCUCGAGUUUGCUUUGAACUGCUUCAGGGAUUUCAGACAUUCCAGGGGUUUGGGGAACAAACAAACAAACAAACAAAAAACAGAUGUGCUAUUUUUUAUAAAAAGUUUAUUGGUUUUUUUGUUAUUGCAUAUAAAAUGUCACUAUUUUUUCAUAACUGGAAUGAGCGUAUGUAAAUUAGCAACUCAGGUAGGAUUUGCUCAGGUUUUUCUUUGUUUCUCGUAUCGUUAAUAAAGAGAAAUGACAAUAUUCAUGACUGAUAAGAACAUUAACUGUUGAUCGUUCUUAAGGUAACCUGCUACUGAUGAUUUGAAAGGGAAUUUAAAAAAAAAAAUGUCUCCAUAUUUAUUUUUUUGUAGUUCAAUGACGUUCAAAGACUGAUUAACGUGGAACCGGGUUACCAUUAAGUCCUGUUUAACAAACAGGCCUGUUUUUCAAGUUCAGUAUUGAGACGUUUAAUUUGAGGUACGUUUAGAAAACAUUACGGUCUUUAUAUUUCGUUUAGUAAAUACGGUCUUUACAUUUCAUUUAGUAAACAUUGCGGCCUAUAUAUUUCUCUGGAUAAUACUCCAUUGCCAGCGCCUUGCCCUUUUGUACAGUGGUCAUAUAAUGUCGUCUAAAAAAAGGAACACAUUUGGAGAACAUUUCGGCUCUUGUGGUUGUGAAUGAAGGACAAAAUGCCUGGUCAGUCUGUCCUUGCCUUGGCUCACUGUUGAAAUGUGUGUGCUUUUAUUAUGUGAUGAUGGAAAGUGUGCAGGUCAGUUAACGUUGUCCGAUUUUGCUUUUUUUUUUUUUUAUGCUUUGUUUAUUAAAGAAACAUUUUAAGAUG